AUGGUCGUGCAAGUUGAAGUUGGCCCGCCACUCUGCACAGCCAGUCAUUUCCCAACUCUCGAGCUGCUGAGCAAGUCCGCGCUGCCGCUUGCACAAGAAGACACGAGAAAGGCCAUGGCGGAGCAAACAAGCGAGGCGAGCGUCGUGCGUCCGCGCCUCGUCCACUUGGAGAGCGUAUUGCAAGAGCUCGCGACGAGCGAGGAACACCAGAGACAGUGGAGCAUCGAGCUCUCGCGCUUCAACACGCGGCAGCAAGGGCUCAGCGCGGAGCUGCAGCAAACCCAAGAAGCGCUGGCUGCUGCCCACGCGAGCAAGGCCGCGCUCUGUGAAGAGAUCGGCGCGUUGCGACAGACAAAAGCAGACCAAGUGAAGCAGCUGGAACGGUUCAAGUCCGACCUGCAGUCUGCACGGGAGCUGAGAACAGUCAUGACAAAGAAGAUGGAGGACCUCGAGACGUCGACGUGGACAGUCAAGCAGCAGUACAUUCGAUCGCUGGCGUCAAGGAUCAAGACAAGUGCUCGGGUCCUGCAGCAGCUCGACGUGACGAGCGGGACGUCACUCAGCACUUUAGUUGCUGGAACGAGCACUGAAGAGGAGCAGGUGAAACCGACCAAGCGCAAACGUGCUGAGAAAGAGAGUGACGGACAGUUGAAGGUUGCGCACGGACAGCCAAAGCUCAUAGGAAGUGUAACGACGCACGAGCUGUGCGUCAAGAGAGAUGGCAAGAUUUCUGAAGUACAGGGACCCGAGAGCACAAUAAUGGCAGCAAGUCACGAGGGUGAAUUGGCUGAACGCCUUGAUGCAUCGCUGAAGAAGAGCUCCAGUUUGCUUGACUACGACAAGCAGUGUAAAACGAAUGCCGAAAGCGAAACUACAGUCAUGGAAUUGCGUGCUCAAGUUACCGAUCUCAAGUCGGAGUUGUCUGUACUAGAUGGCAAGUACAAUGCGCUCGUCCGUGAGCAUGAUGAGAUUCUAGCCGAGAGGUCGACGACAGCUCAAGACAUUAAGGCAAAGGAAUCGAAAAUCGAGGAGUUGACGCUCAUGCUGGAAACGUCGAGGUCGAAGCCGCAGGGUCUUGCGAGUGACUCAAUCUCUACGAGUGGCAAGUCCAAAGACCAUGAAGCUGCAGGAGGGCAGUUGAAGAUGCUAGAGGUACGACUUGGCACCGUGCUCUACAUUGGACUGAAAGUGACGGAGUUUGUUUUGCAGGAGAGCUUGACGCAAAUGAACGCGUACGCUGAUCAGCUCGAGAUGGUCAUUGCUCAGUGUCCUUCGUGCACGAUCAAGCUUCAAAACGAAAGUACGCAGGACUCAGUCGCCAAUAGAGCCGAGUAG